AAUCGCAGUUAUUCUACUAUCGAGAUGACAACUGAUAAUAUCCUUGCCUAGUAGCUAUAUAAUGAUUCUGUUUAGGUCACACUAUCUGAGAUGCUUAGAUUGCGUCUUUGUGUGAUGCGUCUCUGUCGUGCAAUGUCUCCUGCUAUCAGUUCCGCAUUAAGUCGAUUCACAUGCUUCAAAACUCUCGAGCCUUUCUUCUUCCAUUUAUGCCCACUUCAAUCUAGUCAUGUAGCUAACAACCGGAUCCAUGGAGUGGAGAUCUCAAUGGGGAUACGAGAUAGGUCAUGUACUCCAAGCGACCAGAGAAAGGCGCAGAUACAUGCACAGACAGCAAACGAAAGUCUGCUGGUUCGCAGAAGAUGGCAUUGCGAACUUGGCUGCGAAUCUCACAACCAGAGCUUGAAUCUAUCAGGUUUACCAUUCUCCGUAGUUUGGGCGUCGAGACUUAACUACCUACCGAUUGAACAGAGACUGGGUGGGAACGGCAGGAACGAAAGCUGACCGGCAGCCCACCCUCGUGGAGGGCUCCACACCAAGCCACACAACUGCGAUGAUGAGCAACGCCGUUGAGUUCAAAUUCCCAAAGGUUUGCAAAAAUUCGAUCU